ACAAAAACCAUUACCACCUCCUCCUCCUCCUCUUCUCUCUCUCUCUCUCAUCUCUCUCUCAUGAAUAUAGAGAGAGAGAGAGAGAGAGAAAGAGAGAGAGAGAGAGAGAGAGAGUGUGUGUGUGUGUGUGUGUGUGUUUUGGAAUUACCUUUCCCAAUAUACCACUCCUAUUUUUCGCUUUGUGCCACCACAAAAGCUCCAAAGCAGAGAUAUUUUCGUUCUCCUCGGAUCAUUUGGAGAAAAGGGUAUUUGUUCUUUUCUCACGUUUCCUUCUCUGGAAGAUCAAAAUCGGGUGGUGGGGUGGUGUAAAAAUCGGAUUUUUGGGCCUUUUUUGCGAUCCUCAUUAGUCGUCAAGAGUGCUUCAUGUGUAUUUACAGCAGGGGAGAUUAAUGAUAGAUUAAAGCAGGGGAGUUUUGCGCGCACCAUUGCUCGGGGAUGCUAAAAAAGUUGGCUUUUUUGUAAAUGCGUUGAGAGGAUCAUUACAAGGUAGCUGCUGUGUGUGUAUCUUAGUCCCAAAAAAAGAAACAGCUUUGUUGUUCGAGGAAUAUGGCUUUUGGGAUCCAAAUCAGAGGCUUCUGAUGGUGGUGGCUUUGUUCAAAAUCGCUUUUUGCUUUGGCAAUUUGGCUGUAAUUGCCGAAAGGUUUUGCGGGUUUGUGUAUUGGCUUUUGUUCGAGAUCGAAAGGAAGGGAGAGAAAGGAGUUGACUUUUUUGGUUGGAGGUGGAGAUGAAGAGAUUGGGUGUUUUCAGAAACCUUUCUCAUUCUUAUUCUUCUUCUGCUGUUCUUGCCAUUGGAGAAGGUGCCUCCUUGUUAUUUGGAUUGGCCUCUUGAAUUUCAGCUUUCAAGGUUCUCCGAGAAUUUUAACCAUUUUUUGAAGUGACCUAAGAAAAGGGUGAUAGGCAAAAAACCGUCUCAUCGACUAUGGCCAGAAGAAAUUUCAAACAGAAUACACGACCCCAAAAGGAUAAUUUUGGCUGCAUGUGGGGAUUGUUUCACAUGCUUGACUUCCGCUGGAGCCCGAAGUUUCUUUCAGAUAGGAAGCAUGGUAGUAGUGCGUAUGAUGAUUCUGGAGAUCCGCGAAGCAUACUUGGCAAUUUUGAGGAAAAAAAUAAUGAAGUUGCUAAUGUUGAUGGAAGCAAAGUACGGAGGGUUACCACGGGUAAGCAGAGCGUCAAAACACUAAUGGAGGAAGAGAUGGCCAGAGUGAAACCAGUGGAGAAGCCACGUAAUGCAGUUGAAAAAAAACAAUACGAUCCUUCUCCUCAAAAAAAAAAACAAUACGAUCCUGAAGGCCGUGUUCGUCUAGAGAAAAGACCCAAGAAAACAAGAAAGAAUUCAAAAGCAUUAUCAGAUCUUUCUGUCAACAAGCAGAUGACUUCUCAAAGCUUAAAUUCUAAUGGACUCGACAACACGAUACCGGCAGAGAGAUCAGAUCUUCAGUUCAUCCUGGCUGCGUUUCUUGUAGAAAUUUACAAAUUCCACAACCAAUGCCCACAUAUUGAUUGUAAGAAUAAGAUAUCACUAUGUCCUGCAUUAAAAUCCAUUGUUUAUAGAAAGCUUAAUGAUCUCAGCAAUUCCAAUUCUUGUGUUGAUGACAAACAUCUAAACGGCAGCAAGGCAACUCAAUCGAAGGAAUUCAUGGAUGCAUUGGAGAUUCUGAGCUCAAACAAGGAGUUAUUCUUGAAGCUUCUUCAGGACCCAAAUUCACAUAUAUUGCAAAAUAUUCAAAAUAUCUGUCAUCUCCGGGAAGGCUCGGAGGAGCAGGGUGGUUCGAAGCAGUAUCAGGAGAUUUCAAGCAGUAAAGUGUUUAAUAAACAAAACAGGCAUAACUUUUUCUGGAAGAAGGACAGAUCAAAUGGGAGACAACUGGCAGAAGGAAAUGAUAAUUCUCCUCCAAUUAGCAGAAUAGUUGUUCUAAAGCCUUUAGCUGCUACUAAUGCAAGUUCCUCACAACAGUCAUACAACAGAUUACGGGAUCAGGAAGAUGGCGAAAGAGUUAAUUCACAUUUUUCAGUUAGAGAAAUUAAAAGGAGAUUGAUGCAUGUCAUUGGAGAGACCAAAAAGGAGCAAGAUUCCAUCUCGACGGAUGGCCUUCUUCACAAAGUUCCACAUGGGUACAAGGAUUCACUUAAAGAGCUUUCUAGAGAGAGUUCAGCAAGUAUGACGAGAAAAGCUUCGUCAGAUGAUGAAAAUUUUUCAGACCCAACUGCCUUCAACUCAGAAAUGGAGCCAAACGAUGGUGAAAUCAACACGAAUGAUGCUACCUCCUGUAAGACUGGAUCUUUCUUUUAUGAAGAGGCCAUGAAACAUCUCACUGAGAUGCUAAACAGCGGAAGUCGAAUUGAAGAGUUGCCAAAUGAGCCAGAAUCACAAUCUUUGGAAAAAAUGCUUUAUUUGCCACAGAACAGUUCAUUAUCACCUAGAAACAGCCCUACAAGUGAAGAGGAGCUUGACCCCUCCCCUGAAGAGAAAAGGUUGUCCCCUUCACAGCAGCUUGAAAAAGAAGAUGUUGUCGAACAUUUAGGCCCAUCAGGGCAGAAUUUGGGGAGAAUUACAUGUGAUGUUGUCAUCAAUCAAGUUGGUGAAUCAAGGCUGGAGCUUAUGAAUCCUGAAGCUCAGGAGGGGAAAUGCAUUGAAGAAGAAAUAAACCCAGAAGUUUCUGCAGGUACUAAAGAUAUUACUAAUGAAGAUGAUACCAUUUGCGAGAAAACGGAUUCAGAAGUGUGCCCAGAAUUGGUCGGAAGUGAUAGCCAUGUACUAAGCGAAAGAUCCAAGGAAGAAGGUUCAGUGCUGGUUACAGUUGACGAAGCAGAACUAGUGAGUGAAUGCGGACUAAUAUUUCCGAGCUCUCCCGAGACCAUCAUAGAUAGGAGAGAGCAGCAUAGUUCAGUAACAUCUGUUGAGCCAACAACCUCAUCUGAUUUGAUUUUUUCUAGCUCUCCGGAGAGCACCAGUGAAAAGCCGGAGCAGCCAAGUCCAGUAUCUGUUCUUGAACCGUCCUUCGCUGAUGGUGUUGCCUCUUCUGGUUGCAGAACCACAAAGCAUGCUGAACUAUUUGUUCAACUCCCCAAAAAUCUUUUCAGAGACCAUGACAAUUAUUCACCACCUCCAUGCUCCUCUGAUUCUGGACCAACUCAGAAUCUGUUGAGGGACAAUAAUGCAAGAUUUGAAUACAUAAAGUCAGUGUUGGAAGCCUCCGGCUUAAUUUCAGAUCAAAACUCAAAGAAAUGGUAUUUGGAUGAUCAGCUACUUGAUCCUCACUUACUCGAUGAAGUAGGAAUUUCGUACAAUCAAACGGAUGAUUCAAAGCUUCUCUUUGGCUGCAUCGAAGAAGUUCUCGUGGAAAUCAAGGAGAGUUUUUUCAGAUUCACCCCUCGGUCUUCUUUCGCGAAACACAACACGCGGCCUCCUUUACUCAAGGAAGUGAGCAAAGGUGUUUCUUGGCAUCUCGAGAAUAAGUGUCCGAGCACGUUGGAAGAGACAGUGAGAAAAUAUUUGGACUGUGGAAGUUGGAUGGAUCUUCGAUCCGAGAGUGAAAGCAUUGUACUUGAGAUAUGUGACGACUUCCUCGAUGAUUUAUUAGAAGAGGCGGUUUUCGACUUGUGGCUUUGAUUUCGACAGUUCAUUUGUAUUAUACCUAGUAUUUUAUGCAGUAAAAGUUAAAGAGUGAUUGCGGAUUUGGUAAGGAAUUUUAGGAUUUUCGUCUAGUUGGGUAUCUUAUGUUAGUGUUUCGGUUACUUUAAGAUACCCCAAAUGCUGAAAAUGAAACAUGUAGGCUGUGUUAACUUUGGUUGCUCCUUCUGUAUCCUCUUAAUUACGCGGAGACGAAAAAAGGAGUAAUGGUUGUGCAUUUGCUGGGGAUCUGCAGAGUCCUGGGCAUGUUUUUUCUGAUAUUGCCAGUUAUUAUGUCCUGGACAGACAGAACUUCCAGCAAUUUCAGCUUACUCCCAGUGUCUCUUUUCUCUCUCUUUUUCUGUUUUCUGCCUCUUGAUCAUAUGUAAAUUGGCUUUUCUUUUUAUUUUGUUCUUGUACUAAGACCAAUCUGUGUUACAUUAAAAAUAUGUAUAAGAGAAGGUGCUUCCUUUCAUGUAGAA